AUGUGGCUGGCUUGGGUGUUGCUUGCCUUCUACAGCCUCGUCUUAAGCACCACGGUGGACUUGUCCCCAGAUUUUUGUUCCCAGACCUUUAACUCAGAUGUGAAGCCAGGAUUUCCCAAAACAAUCAAGACCAACAACCCAGGAGUCCUCAAAGCAGCCAGAUACAGCGUUGAAAGGUUCAACAACUGCACAAAUGACAUCUUCUUGUUCAAAGAGUCCCAUGUCAGCAGAGCUCUGGUCCAGAUAGUGAAAGGCCUGAAAUACAUGCUGGAUGUGGAAAUUGGCAGAACUACUUGCAAGAAAACCAAGCACCACAGUCUGGACAACUGUGACUUUCAGACCAACCACACCUUAAAACAGACUCUCACUUGCUACUCUGAAGUCUGGGUCAUCCCCUGGCUCCAGAAGGUCAAGGUGCCUGUUCUCCAUUGUCUCUGAUUUCCACCUCUCAGCAAUACUACUGCUGCCGUCACUCUAGAAAUAGUAAGCAGAAUGGAAGUGCCUUAUGGGUUC